AUUCCAGAACACGCCGAAAUUGUCCAACAACAAAACGGAAGAUUUCUUUUGAACCGCUGAGUGGCAUACCUCUUUACAUUGUUAGCAGAAAUUACGCAUUAAUUAAAACGAGAUGGGUCUGAUGGUCUGUGUAUACAUUACCUAAUGUGUUUCCAAGGUUCGCUUUUUCGAUGGCGGGAGCUGAUAAAGAUAAUUUACAGACUGAGAAGUAGUACUAAAGAUUGGUCUCGGAGGUCUACGAAUAUAUUAUUUUAAUAGUCAUUUAUAGUGUGAUCUGACCGUCUGUAUCACGAUGUCAACGCCGUCGGAUUUGCUCGUAUUUUCAAGAAGUCGUGUUUUAAUCUUUCUUGUCAUUGUCGCAACAAUUUUGCAUGCAGAUUGUAACAAGAUAAAUGAGCAAGUGCCGAGUACACGUCCAAGACGCCAGUCAUCAUCGUGCCAUCAGGAUGAGUUCGAGUGCGAUGACGGAUCGUGUAUACUCUCUUAUAGAGCCUGUGAUUGGUAUCUAGACUGUGGCGAUAGGUCAGAUGAAGGAAUCAAUUGCCAAUAUAAUGGAUUUGAAUGUAAAUCGGGUAAUAACAUGGUAUCAGUAGAGUGGAUGUGUGAUGGCUUCAACGACUGUGAAGAUGGCAGCGAUGAAGAAGAAGAAUAUUGUCGAGAUCAAGUUUCCAAAAUAUGUCCUCGCAUCUCCUGUGACAAUAGCAAAAGAUGCGUCCAAGAGAAGGAAUUAUGUGAUGGCAUCCAAGAUUGCUCCGAUGGGUUGGAUGAAAGUGAUGAAUUAUGCAGAGCAGGAAAAGGAAAGUGUUUUUCUUGUGAUGGAGGAUCGAAGUGUUUAGAAUGGGACUGGGUCUGUGAUGAGAUAGCUGAUUGUUCCGACAUGGCUGACGAGCUAAGCGGCUGGUGUGGAACAGUAUUUCAGCGGUGUUGGAAGGGGUCGUACCUGUGCGGCCACACCCAUUUCUGUGUACCUCAGAGGUGGAGAUGCGAUAGCCAUGAUGAUUGCGGAGAUGAUACAGAUGAAGAAGAUUGCCACACUGAUAUUGCGUGGACGGGCUUGUUCGGGUGGUCAUCGUGGGGCGAUUGGAGUGAGUGUCAUCCCUCGUGUGGUCCCGGUAGUCGAUCACGGAGCCGUAUUUGCGAUUCACCUGCAGAGAGGUGUCUCGGUGAAAGCCAGGAAGAUGAGGAGUGCCAACAAGCUGAAUGUGUCGAAGAAAAGGUUAUAGGAUGCGGGAUAAAGCAGCACAUUCAUUUCCGUGAUGACGGGUUGGCUCUGGCAGAGCGUGUGGUGGGAGGACAACCCGCCGAUUCUGGUGACUGGCCGUGGCAAGCUCAACUCUUCUACCAAACACGAGGGGGAUGGCAACCCGUUUGUGGCGGGACGCUGAUCGACCCACAGGUGGUUCUUACGGCAGCACAUUGCUUCAUGGGAUCCAUGAUGGCACCUUCCCGAUGGCAAGUUCAUCUUGGAAAACAUUCGAUCGACUUCGUCCCAGAAACCGGCAGCCAACACAGACUCGUCCGCGAGAUCAUCGUCCAUAAGAAAUUCAACCAGAACGGUGGAGUAGGCGGUGACAUCGCCCUGUUACUCUUGGAUGAGCCGGUACAUCAGGAGACCGGUCAGAUUAACUGGGCUUGCUUGGAUGAAGGAAUGAAACUUAAUGCCAAGACAGAGUGCUAUAUAUCAGGAUGGGGAUUCACAGAAAUGGGAGGCAAAUCACCACAAGUGUUACAUGAGGCAAAGAUGCCUCUAAUCCCUCGCAGGGUAUGUAACUAUAAGAAGUCUUAUAAUGGAAAGAUAGAGAGAACUAUGUUGUGUGCUGGUCAUAUGGAAGGCGGUAUCGACGCAUGUCAGGGUGAUUCUGGUGGACCCUUAUCCUGUCUGGGGCCUGAUGAUCAUUGGUACGUGGUUGGUGUUACCAGCUGGGGUCACGGGUGUGCUAUUGCUAACAAACCUGGAGUAUAUACCAGAGUCUCGUCUUACCUCGACUGGAUACACGAGAUGCUUCACCAUCAUUUACACCAUUAAUGAAAUGCAUGCAAUGUGAAAUCAAGUAUGACAUCAUGUAAGAUAUUGUGUAUUACAGUCACAUAUGAAAUCGUGCGUGAAAUCAUCUAAAUGUGAGAAAUCAUGUAUGAUACCCAGUAUGAAAUCAUAUACGAAAUCAUCUAUAAAAGACAUGUGUGAAAUCAUCUAUGAAAUUAUCUACCUGUAUGAAAUCAAGUGUGACAUCAUCUCUGAAAGCACGGGUGAAAUCAUCUAUGAAAUCAUUUAUAGCAUGUAAAAUAUCAUAUAUGAAUUCAUAUACCAAAUCAUGUAUGAAAUCAUAUACAAAAUGAAAUCAUAUAUGAAAUCGAAAACAAUAUUAAGUUGUGUAUGAAAUCAUAUAUAAAAUCAUCUUGAAAUCCUAAAUUGUGAUAGCAUCACAUGAAGGUUUAUAAUCAAGUCAAUAUCAUAAAUAAAACUGAGCUUAUAGUCAAAAUAUUCUGCAAUCUCAACUCUCUAUCAAUAUAUCAGAAUUUUGCUUUACAUUUUUUCAUAUCAUGUUUGAGUGUAAGCAGUCAUGUAAAAUGUAGGCAAUCAUUCAGGAAAUAAUGUAAGAAAUUAUAAUGCAAUGGAGUAUGAAAUCAUGCAUGAAAUCAUGAAUGAAAUAAGUCAUAUUGAACAUGAAGUGAUGUAUGAAAAAUAUAUAGUGACUCAUUUAUGAAAUCAUGUAUGAAGGACACGAUUUUGUGUCGAGCCAUUUAAUGAAGUAACGCACCAACCUUUAAUUUAUCAUUCUAUUAAUAGUCAUCAUGUAACCUUUAACAAGGUUUUGAUUUCAGCUUUUAUUGCUAUUGGUUUAUUUUAGGUGUUUAGUAUGUUUUGAUUUUGUUUUUAAAUUCAUCGUUCUUGUUUAAGUUUCCAUAUUUGUAUUUGAUUUUACUUCACUGUCAAUGGUUCCUUUGUCUUUGUUCAACGUCCUUGAGGAUGACGAUAAAUAAUUUCCAUAUUUACAAUGUAUAUUGUACAAGUUUUAUAAAGAUAUUGAAAGGGAAAAUGAUUUGAGACGUGCACUUUGGCUAAUAUUUUUUAAUGCGACAUGACAUUUUCAUGAUCACUGCCUCCAAAAGAAAAUGUUUCUUGUAUAUUUACAUUUUUGCACAUUGAUUAAACAAACUUGUUCAUUUAAUAAAGAAGCCUGUACAUUUAGUUUUAAUCUGAAUUUAUUAGCAGACUUGAAGGUCAAGUUUACCCCAGAAAAAUGUUUAUUUGAAUAAAUACAGAAAAAUCUAACUAGCAUAACGCUGAAAAUGUCAUCAAAAUCGGAUGUAAAAUAAGAGUUUAUUACAUUUUACAGUUUUGCUUUCUUUUCACGCAACAGUUAUAUGUACAACUCAGUGACAUGCAAAUGAGACAGUCGAUGAUGUCCCUCGCUUACUAUUUCUUUUGUUUUUUAAGGUUUGAAAUAUACGAUAUUUCUUUUUUACAGAUUUGACAAUAUGGACCAACUUGACUGAACCACAGUAUUAAACAAUGCUAAUUCCACAUGUUCAGGGAGGAAUUAAUUGUUGUUUCACUUGACAAUGAGAAAAUUAGAAUAUUUCAAUUUUCAUAUAAUGAAAUACAAAAAUAGUGAGUGGGUGACAUCAGUCUCAUUAUAUCCUUGCUACCUCCCUCAUGCUCUCGCACUCCUUCUCGAUGCCCUCUCUCCUUACCUAGGCCUAUGAGACAUUAAUACUUAUCAGUUUUGGAGCAUUUCUCAUCAGGACUGUUUCCAAGGUAGCGUGUGUCAUUCUAAUGCCCAAGCAAAAUGAUGUGUAUCGGAUGUUUACUGAAAAAGUGAUGUG